AUGCAGUCCACGCUCGGAGACUGUCCGCCUUGUUUCGGGCCCGACCGGGGGCUUAGAGGCCAGCGCGAGGCGGAGCAGCAAUCAGGCGACGGCAGCCAGCAGUUCCGGGUGACGGUCGACACUGGCCGUCUUGGCUCUAUCAUCUGUCAAGAGCUGCCAACCGAGGCCGUCGGGCAUCUGAAGGAGUUAGUGAGGUCUCAAAUUCGCACGUGGCUGCACUUUCCACUCUUCCGCCACAUUGUGAAUGUGAACUGCGCGCCGGGCGCUCCUUUCCGCGGAUCUGCGCCUUCGCCUUUCGCCAGUGCAGCGCACCAAGGCAGCCGGCCGCCUGUUUCGGGACCGUCCUCCGGUGUCUCGACAGUCGGUGACGAGAAGACGGCAGAGCGUGGUGGCCAGCAAAGCGAAUCCGGAACUUUUUCAGGUUUGGCCGCGGCGUCCGCCUGUGCGCCGUCACGCAACGCAGCCCCCGGCUGCGGAACCGAGAGUGGAGGCGACCCUCGAAGCCUCCCUUGCAGCUACCGGGACAGGUACACGGGGGGUGGUGAAGCGACGCGGCAGGCGUCCCCGGGGCUUGCGCCUGAAGCAGCCGGAGAUCCCUGGAGGCCUCAAGGGCUAGCGUUGGAUUCCCUGUCGGCUGAGGGGGAGUUUUUGCCACACCGAGACGCGCCUCGGGGGAAGAACGGCGGUCCAGCGACGCCAUCGUACGGUCGGUGCCUUUCCGAUUUCGAAGCUCUAGAAGGGUCGGUGGCGUCUUCGGCCUUCAGGCGGUACGGCGGAGACAGCGCGGGGGCGAGCAGCACGUGUCUGGAGUCGACGGUCGCACACCGCAGCAGAUGCUCCUCUCUGUCUGCGCCCUCGUCCUCCAGUUCGCCGAUUCUCUCCCCCGCUCUGAAGCCGCGUGGCGCCUGUCCAGGAUGCAGAGACCCGACCAGUCGCCUCGCACCCAGGAGCUGCGACAGGCGCCUCGGCCUGGACGCCAAUGGCGACUCGCGCGCCGCAGAGCGUCACCGCCAGGGCGCAGCCUACCCGCUUCUGUCGAGAACGGACAAGACUGCGGGAGACGCCGAGCAGCGAAACAGUCUCCGCCGUUCGUGGUCUGGGCUGUCGUCGAAGGCCGGAAGCGACGCCUCGAGGGCGUACCAAACCCACAUGUUCGCCCCGGCGGUUUUCUCUUCUCUUGGCGGCGCGUCGUGGUGUUGCAGGGCGGCUCUCGCCUCGUGCGUGGACGGGCCAGGCGCCCUAACUGCGUCCUCUGUGGCGACUCCGCCCAUGAAACUGCAAGUUCUGCGUUGCAUGCUCGCCGACACAGCAGCGGCGACGAUUCAGCGCGUGCUUCGAGGCCACCUGGGACGGCUCCGCGCCGAGAAGCUGGUCGCAGAAAAAAGAGAGUUUCUUCGCUUGAGUGCAGCGGCGACGAAAAUUCAGGCCGGCUGGCGGCGCGUGAAGGCCCAGGAGACCUUUCUCCUCCUCCACUUUUGCGAAAUGCUGGCCAGCGAACGCAACGCCGCAGCUGUCAAGAUUCAGGCGUUCUGGAAAAUGCGCAUUCAGAGAGACAAAUACCGCACAAUGCACCUGACGGAGUGCCUGUCGGCGCUAAGGCGCCUGGCAGCCGUCGAACUGCAGCGCGUCUGGCGAGGCCGAGUGACGCGCAAGGUCCUCGAUGACGAGUGGCAAAAGUGGAUCAUCAAGUGGCCGUGGGACAAGCCUGGGACGAUUGUCGAGGUCGUCGGGGACUUCUCGAACCCUCCGUGGACGAAGCGCUACCUCAUGACAUACUGCUACGUGCGCAGAUGUUUCAUUCUGCCCCUACCUCGAAAACCCGGGCGGUACGAGGUUAAAUUCAUUGUGGAUGGCCGCUACGUGUGCGAUGGAAGUCAGACGGUUGUUGCGGACGGAAAUGGUCAUUUCAACAACUUGAUUCGCGUCAGAUCCGCGACGAAAUCGCCCUUCCGGGAGGUUCGGGAGCGGCUUCAGCAGCUCCAGGAACAAAAUGAGGCGUCGCUUUUCCGCUCCGCGUCCUCUCCGCUGUUCGCGGCGUGUCGGCCGGCUGUGGGGUCGCAUUGCCUGGAGGACAUGGUGGUGACUCAGGGGGCGAGUCUUCCCCGUCAGACGCCGCUGCAUGCAGAUUCCAUGCCCAGUUGCGUCUGGGCGUCCGGCGAGGAUUUUGAGCAGCUGCACACGGAAGCCCAAGCACACGAAGCGCGGCACGAGAGAGAAACGGGUCGCGAGCGGUCAGGCAGUGGAGGCGACCCUGGUGAGGCAGGGAUGCGUUCUCGGGUGUCGUCCGACCGGCACACAGAGCGCCUGGCGACGGAAGCUGAGGCGCUGUAUGGCCAUCAGUCUGCGUCGAAUCCCACAGACGCUGGGAGGAAGACAGAGGACGCCGAGGCAGAACCGACGCCGCAGCGUGAGGGUGCGACAACGAAAGCAGGGAACGGCUUCGCGAGCGCUUCGCGGGCUCGGGAGGAUGCCUCUGAGGUGGAACCGACAACAGACGCAGCGCGUGUGCCCGUGGGGCAUAGAGAUGGUGACCAGCAGGAAUCCGCGCCGCUUCAUAGUGAACCAGGGGGAUCUUUUGACUGCGUCCCGCGUGCGCGCAGCUCGGCGUCUCGGUUAGGUUCGCAGGGUGGGGCCUCGUUACGUGACGCUUUGCGGGUGGAGCUGCUAAAUCCUCCACGGUCGGAGCAAGUGUUGGGGGAGCAAGACGCCGUCGGGCGUUUAACAGGUAGGGAGGUAGUUCCCGGGCCGCCUGCUCACCGAUGGAGUGAGGAAGCAGGUGGGAAAGACUCGCAUGGCGCGAGCAGAGACCACGAAGGGGCGAGCGCGGUCGCACUUGGAGCACACGGGGACAAAGACCUGGCGAAUAGGCCGCGUGAAACGAACAGCAUAUGCAGCUUAGCAAGCACUCAGGCCAGCGUUGUGGAUAGAGGAAGCGUCUUCCCUGCUGCGGAUGCGUCCGACUCGGCGCUUUCCCAGGACGCUGCGUCUUCUGUUCCGGACACAGAGCCCGCUGGAGAAGUCGCGUCAAGGCCAGUGCCUCCGGUGUCGAGCGCCGGCGAAGUGGCGAAAAAGAGAGACAGCAGAGCCUCUGCGGCAGAUGUGAGCAAAGGGCGGGCCGUAGAAACGCGCUCGGGGGGAGAUGAUGGUUGGAGAGGCGGCCAAGAGAAGAAUCCGGUUAGAGGUUCCAAGGGGAACGAACAGGCGAGCCGGCGAAGGCGCAAGGGCCGACAGUCGCGCGCGCGAGGCGGAGCGGACGGCCCCAGUGCGGAUUUGUCAGGGCGCGUCGGAGAGGCGGGUCUCAACCCCGCAGCUGCGGCGAGGGAGAAUGCGCCGCCGCAGUCUGCACAGAAAAGCGAACGCGUAGACGCUGCACAGAGUCGGCAGUCCAGCGCGUCGAACACGGACCGUACAGCUGAUGCGCAGGCGUCGGGAGUGUGCGAGGAACCGACAAAGGUCGAGGCUCGCAGUGGGCAUCGCAGCCGCGCGGAAAAAAGACGAUGGAACCAAAGAUGCAGAGGCGGUGCGAGCGGCGGUCGACGUUGA